AUGGCAUCAAAUGCGGGCGAGAAGAGCAUCUCCGCUUAUGGAGAGGCUCGCUCGACGGUGGAGGGAAAACCUCUUGAUGCCGAGGAGGUUCGGAAGAUGAAUGCUUACUUCCGGGCGAGCAUGUACCUUUGCUUGGGUAUGCUUUACCUUCGUGAGAACCCUCUCCUCACCGAGCCUCUCAAAUUGGAGCAUCUGAAAGCUCGGCUCUUGGGUCAUUGGGGAUCUGAUGCUGGUCAAUCAUUUACUUGGAUUCACAUGAACCGACUCAUCAAGAAGUACGACCUUGAUGUGCUCUUUGUUUCCGGUCCUGGACAUGGAGCCCCUGGAAUCAUCUCUCAGUCUUAUCUUGAGGGUGUCUACUCAGAGGUCUACCCUGACAAGGCCGAGGACGCUAAGGGCAUGCAGAAGUUUUUCAAGCAAUUCUCGUUCCCCGGUGGUAUUGGAAGCCAUGCAACCCCUGAGACACCCGGUAGUAUCCAUGAGGGUGGUGAGCUGGGAUACUCGCUAUCGCAUGCUUUCGGCUCUGUCUUCGACAACCCAAACCUGAUUACUUUGACCAUGGUUGGCGAUGGCGAGUCAGAAACCGGUCCACUCGCCACUAGCUGGCAUAGCACCAAGUUCCUGAACCCAAUUGUCGACGGUGCUGUCCUUCCUGUCCUCCAUCUCAAUGGAUACAAGAUCAACAACCCUACUGUCCUUGCACGAAUCAGCCAUGACGAGCUGACGGCCUUGCUCGUUGGCUACGGAUGGAAGCCCUACUUUGUUGAGGGCAGUGACUUUGACACCAUGCACCAAGCCAUGGCAACCACUCUCGAGCAGUGUGUGUUGGAGAUCAGGAAGUAUCAGAAGCAAGCCCGAGAGACGAAGACUCCCUUCAGACCUCGCUGGCCAAUGAUCGUUCUCCGCACACCCAAGGGAUGGUCCGCUCCACGAGAGGUCGAUGGCCACUUACUUGAGGGUUUCUGGCGCGCGCAUCAGAUUCCCAUCACCGAUGUGCGCACCAACCCUCCUCAUUUGAAGUUACUGGAGACCUGGAUGAAGGGGUACAAGCCAGAGGAGCUUUUCGACAACAAUGGUACCUUGAUUCCAGAGCUCAAGGAGCUCGCCCCAACUGGUAACUCCCGUAUCAGUGCCAACCCUGUUGGCAACGGAGGCCUCUUGCGCAAGCCUCUCAACAUGCCUGACUUCCGGAAGUACGGAUUCACGGACAUUGUCCCAGGCUCUACCCUCAAAGGAGGCAUGGCAAACAUGGCCAUCUUCCUCCGUGACCUGGUCGCUCAGAAUAUGAAUAACUUCCGACUGUUCGGUCCUGACGAGACUGAGUCGAACAAGCUUGCAGAGGUGUACAAGGCUGGCAAGAAAGUCUGGAUGGGCGAUUACUUUGAAGAAGAUAAGGAUGGCGGUAACCUGGCGCCUGAUGGUCGUGUGAUGGAAAUUCUCAGCGAGCAUACAUGCGAAGGGUGGUUGGAAGGUUACGUUCUUUCUGGUCGGCACGGUCUCCUGAACAGCUACGAGCCGUUCAUCCACGUCAUCGACUCGAUGAUCAACCAGCACUGCAAAUGGAUCGAGAAAUGCCUUGAGGUUGAAUGGCGUGCCAAGGUCGCUUCACUCAACAUCCUUAUCACUGCCACCGUCUGGAGACAGGAUCACAAUGGAUUCACUCACCAAGAUCCUGGCUUCCUCGACGUGGUCGCCAACAAGAGUCCGGAAGUAGUCCGCAUCUACCUUCCCCCCGAUGGCAACACCCUGCUUUCCGUGAUGGACCACUGCCUCCGCAGCGUAAACUAUGUAAACGUCAUCGUCGCCGACAAGCAAGAGCACAUCCAAUUCCUAAACAUGGAAGAAGCAGUCGCACACUGCACCAAGGGUCUUGGAAUCUGGGACUGGGCCAGCAACGACCAAGGUAGCGAGCCAGACGUCGUAAUGGCAUCCUGCGGCGACGUCUCAACCCACGAAGCGCUCGCCGCAACAGCCCUCCUCCGCGAGUACCUCCCCGACCUGAAAGUCCGCUUCGUCAACGUCGUCGACCUCUUCAGACUGAUUUCAUCUAUGCACCAUCCGCACGGCAUGACAGACAAGAAGUGGAAAGCAAUCUUCACCACGGACAAGCCAAUCAUAUUCAACUUCCACUCUUACCCCUGGCUCAUCCACCGACUCACAUACAAGCGUCCCGGCCAGCACAACCUGCAUGUACGCGGAUACCGCGAGAAAGGCAACAUUGACACGCCCUUCGAGCUGGCUAUGCGCAACAACACCGAUCGGUACAGUCUUGCUAUUGACGCCAUUGAUUUGGUUCAGUCGCUUGGUAACACUGCUGCUGGUGUGAGGGAGAAGCUGAUUAAUGAGCAGCUGGCUGGUAAGGCUGAGGCGUUCAAUAAUGGUCUUGACCCUGAGCAUAUUCGCAACUGGUCUUGGCCUUGGCCUAACAAAUAG